AUGUUCAGACUGCUCCUUGAGCCACUUUUCAUCCUCGCCGUAUCUGGGCAGGAGGUCACAUGUUCUGCACUAAAUGGCGAUAUUGGCGACAAAACAACGUGGGUUCCUUGUAACAAACUUGGACUUCAACAAUCGGGUGUAUUCUCCAGCUGUUGCAUCUUGGAUGGGCCGAAUGAGUCGCGGGAUGCCUGCGACAAGAGUGGUCUCUGCAUCGAUUCCGAAGGAAAGUAUCGUACAGGGCUCUGCACCGACAAAACCUGGAAUUCUAAGGCUUGUGUCCAAGAAUGCGUCAAUGAAGAGGCUGGGGCCAAUGUGUCCAGCAUGGAGUUUCUAACUCCUUGCGACUGGAAUACGUCCACUUUCUGCUGUGGAAAAGACGACAGGUCAUGCUGCAACACCGACCGAGCUGCCAGGAUAGCUACAGAGGAGUCAGUUUGCACGCCCUCUACUGCUGAUUCCGAUACCAAUGAUAGCAACAAAUGGGCCUUCAAGCCUUCUGCUAUCGGCAUCGGAGUUGCGGUUGGUCUCAUUGUUAUGGUCGAAGCUCUCUCUGCACAGUGGCUUUGGAGACAAAAUAGAUGGAUGAAGCUCCAGAUCGUCGAGGCUUCAGAGACAAGCCCGUCUACAGAACUUCGGGCCCUGAUGCAGAAUUGUGACAAAUUACAGCCAGACCUCUCUCAUGAUUGA